AAGACAAAAGUUUGAUUUGGGUUUGCAGUUCCCUCCUCGUUUCCCAUUUUCUCCUUUCGCGACUCUUCUUAACCAUCUAUGUUUCUUUAACUGUCGAUCAACCUUUCAUAUACAUUCUCUUCUAAUCGGUUCCAUUAUUUUCAUUUCAACAAAAAAAAAAUACUAACACACUCGAACAAAAAUGGGCGACAACAAACGCAAGAGAGGUCGCAAACCUAAAACCCCCUCCCCUGAAACCCUAGACACCCCCUCCACCGCCCUUACCACCACAGUCGCCACUAACCCAUCCCCAUCUAUCAUGGACGACGACUUCUCUGUCGGAAACGUUGAACUCAUCGACAACAGCGCCUCUUCCCAUCUCGGUCGCCGCCGUGGCCGCCCCAAAAAACUCCCCACAAAUCCCGACAAGCCACCCACUGGCCGCCGCCCUGCACGCACGGUAGACAGCAACGGUGCUGUCCCGGUCGAUGUUGGAGUCGCUACUGCCAUAGAUGCGGACCCUAUAUGGGAGAGUAUCUCGGCUAGGGUGUUGCCUUCUAUGGAUUCGGUGGUGAAAGUGUUCUGUGUCCACACAGAGCCGAACUUUUCGUUACCAUGGCAGAGGAAGAGACAGUAUAGCUCCAGUAGCAGUGGGUUUGUCAUAAGUGGGAAGAGGGUUCUCACCAAUGCGCAUUCCGUCGAGCAUUACACUCAGGUCAAGCUCAAGAAACGUGGCUCUGACACUAAGUACUUGGCUACUGUUCUUGCCAUUGGAACCGAGUGUGAUAUUGCCAUGCUUACCGUUGAUGAUGAUGAGUUCUGGCAAGGUAUGUCACCUGUGGAGUUUGGGGAUUUGCCUACCCUUCAAGAUGCAGUAACUGUUGUGGGCUACCCAAUUGGAGGAGACACUAUCUCUGUGACCAGUGGUGUUGUAUCACGUAUUGAGAUUUUAUCUUACGUCCAUGGUUCCACCGAACUUCUAGGUUUACAGAUAGAUGCUGCUAUAAAUUCUGGAAAUUCUGGCGGACCUGCAUUUAAUGGUAAAGGAAACUGUGUAGGGAUAGCAUUUCAGUCUCUCAAACAUGAAGAUGUGGAGAAUAUAGGUUAUGUUAUUCCAACGCCAGUAAUCACGCAUUUCAUCCAGGAUUAUGAGAAGAAUAAAGGAUAUACUGGGUUCCCUAUUCUUGGGGUUGAGUGGCAGAAAAUGGAAAAUCCCGAUCUACGAAUGGCAAUGGGCAUGAAAUCUAAUCAGAAAGGUGUGCGCAUUAGAAGAAUUGAUCCUACUUCUCCUGAAUCCAAGGUUUUGAAACCGUCAGAUGUUAUCCUUAGCUUUGAUGGGGUUGAUAUUGCCAAUGACGGAACAGUUCCAUUUCGCCAUGGAGAGCGCAUUGGUUUUAGUUAUCUCAUAUCACAGAAAUAUACCGGUGAUGAUGCAGCAAUCAAAGUAUUGCGGAAUUCAAAUGUUCUCAAAUUCAAUAUUAAACUUGAUGGUCACAGAAGGCUUAUUCCAGCACACAGCAAGGGCAAGCCUCCCUCAUAUUAUAUUAUUGCAGGAUUUGUUUUUUCAACGGUUUCGGUUCCUUAUCUUCGUUCUGAGUAUGGAAAAGAUUAUGAGUAUGAAGCUCCAGUCAAGAUUUUGGAUAAACUGCUGUAUGCAAUGCCACAAUCACCAGAUGAACAACUUGUUGUGAUUUCUCAGGUGCUGGUGGCUGAUAUCAACAUCGGAUAUGAAGAAAUAGUUAAUACCCAGGUCGUUGCUUUUAAUGGUAAACCUGUGAAAAAUCUCAAGAGCUUGGCUGCUAUGGUUGAGAGCUGUGAUGAUGAGUAUCUAAAAUUUGAUUUAGAUUAUGAACAGAUAGUAGUCCUUCGCACGGAAACUGCAAAAGCUGCCACACUAGAUAUUCUUGCAACACAUUGCAUCCCAUCAGCAAUGUCUGAUGAUCUCAAGUCAUAGUCUUGUACAUUGCAUCUAGGUUGCUGAUGUUUCAUGCAGAGUACUGGUUAAAAGAUGCAGACGUGUAGGCUUGACUUAAUUUUUUGUUAGAUUUAUCCCUCCAUGUUAUUGGGAGCUGCAGAAUGCUUAUUUUAGUUGUAUGUACUAAUGCCCUCUUGGAAAUGAUGAGUCCACUUUUUGAAAAGGAUGAUAGAUAGCUAAGCCGGAUCUAUGAUUGUCUUUAAUUGAAAUUGGUGUUUUUUUUAGUAAUUUUGAAGGUACUGAGUAAAUGUGAAGAGGUUUCAUUA